CGUUGAGCCACCCACCUCAUCACAACAUUGUCGCUUGCCCUUGUUUCCCAAUCUCACCAGUCGUCUCCACUUGGACACAGUACCAUAUCCACACACUACCCACCAUGGGCGCCGCCGACGCCGCCCAACAACCACCACCGCCACCGCACGGCGCCGACCCCGCCCGUCCGCGCUCGCCGCCGCCCCCGCGCAAGGACAAGCCUGUGCCCCCGACCCCGCCUUUACACAUCAAGGACCGCGGCCGCGGGGUGACGUACUCGCGGACUGGGUUCCUCGGCGAGGGCGGCUUCGCCCGUGUCUAUGAGGUGUUUGAUGAGGAGAAGACCCGCAAGGCGGUCAAGGUGGUCAACAAGGCGUCGAUCAAGACCAAGAAGAACAAGACCAAGCUCUGGGCAGAGAUCAAGCUCCACCAGAUGCUCGUCCACCCCGACGUAGUGCGCUUCCACGACUGCUUCGAGGACGACGAAAACGUCUACAUGGUGCUCGAGCUGUGCGAGAACGGGUCCCUCAUGGACCUGCUCCGCCGCAGGAGACGCUACUCGGAGCCCGAGGCACGCUACUUCCUCGUCCAGAUCAUCGGCGCAUGCCUCUACAUGCACGACAUGAACGUCAUCCACCGCGACCUCAAGCUCGGCAACCUGUUCCUCGACGGCGACAUGAACGUCAAGGUUGGCGACUUUGGCCUCGCCGCGCUGAUCGAGAACCCUGGAGAACGGAAGAAGUGGGUUGGCAUCUGUCUUACCCUGCUGACGGGCAGGACUAUCUGCGGCACGCCAAACUACAUUGCGCCAGAGGUGCUGUUUGACACGGCUAACGGACACUCGUUUGAAGUCGACGUGUGGUCCGUCGGCGUCAUUCUCUACACCCUUCUCAUUGGCAAGCCUCCGUUCCAGACCAAGGACGUCAAGGCCAUCUACCGCCGUAUCCGUGAGAACCGGUACGAGUUCCCUCCCGACAAGGAGAUCUCGACCUCGGCCAUGGACCUCAUUAGUAGCAUCCUCAACUCGAACCCUGACAUGCGCCCAUCACUCCAAGCCAUCCUCCAGCACCGUUGGUUCACCGACGGCCCCUUCCCUCCCUUCAUCCCCCACUCGGCCAACGACGGCACACCCGACUUCUCCAACCUCUCCACCUCCCAGAGCCGGCGCAACUUUGAGGCCGUCAAGCGCAAGGCAGCUGGAGCAGCUCCUCAGACGACCACGCCGCCGCCCGCGGACAGGCCGUCGCAGCUCGGCUCCUCCAUCUUAGCACAGGAGCGCGACUUUAACAAUGCCGUGCAGCCCGACAGCCCCAUCUCGGCCCUGCUCAACUCGGCUCGCCAGCCACUGGUCCAGGCCGCCGCGCCCAUCAAGGAGCCAUCGCUUCUUCGCAAGCUCAGCGCCGCUGGCGCUCAGAGCACCCUCAGCCCCGCUCGCCGCCAAGCCGCCUCGGCUGCCCUGUCAAGGAGGCCACCACCUGGUCCCGCAACCAAGGCCCCAAUCAUGGACGACGUGGCGGAGGAGGACGAGGGAGACGACGGUGGCGACGAGGCCGAGCCCGUCAACCCUGUCGCGCGUGACCGCGAGGUCGCGGCUCAGAAGGCGCGCAUCGUGUCGCAGAUGGCUGCCAUGCGUUUGUCGGAUACGGAGGAGACCCGCCCGCGCGAGGCGCGUGAGCCAAGAGAUGAGCCCAGGCGCGAGCGGACAACAUCGUCGGUUGCAACAAGCAGCAAGGCUCCCCUUGGCGAGACCAUCUCGCAGCCGCAGCGCAGGUCCAAGGAGCCUGCACCAGCCAAGCCGCUCAAGUCGGCUGACCCGCUGUCACUAUACGAGCUGUGCGAGCGCAACCUCGAGACUGGUAUGGCUUUGGCGGCCACCGAAACUGGCUUCAGCACACCAGACAUUGAUCUCUCCCCGGCUGGGCCAAAGAAGUUUGUCGUCUCUUGGCUCGACUACACGGCCAAGUAUGGCAUGGGCGUCGUCCUGAGCGACGGCACCGUCAGCGUCCACUUCAACGACUCGAGCUCGGUCUCCCUCUCCCCGGCCAAGCAGCACGUCGAGUACCUUGGCCCUCCCACCGACUCGCGCGUCCAGGAGCGCCGCAACUUUGAGGCUGAAUCCUACCCCUCUGAACUCAAGACCAAGGUCUUCCUCCUCCACCACUUUGAAAACUACAUGCUCGGCAAGCUGUUAAGCGAGCAGCCUUACACCUAUGUCGACACCAAGCUCAACAAGGGAAUGGUCUACAUCGAGCGCUACCUGCGCAUGAAGCAUGUCAUUCUGUUCCGCCUGAGCAACCGCAUCCUCCAGUUCAACUUUUACGACCACACCAAGCUCAUUCUGUCCGAGAACGGCCUGGUCGUCUCCAUCAUCGACAAGCACCAGACUCUGCGCAGCUGGAGCCUCGAGGCGCUUCUCCGCCCCCCAUCCGAAGACGAGUCGUCAAAGGAGCGGCGCAGAAUCGAGACGGUCGUGCACAAGGUGCAGUACGCCAAGGACAUUCUCACCAAGAUCCGUCUGCAUGGCCCCUCCAAGCCCAAGGACAAGGAGGAGCGCAGGGAGGAUCGCAGGGAGGCUGUCGAGCCCGAAGCACCUCGCGAGCGCCGCGUUGACCGCGAGCGUGAGCGUGUGCACCGCCACCUCGGUGAGCGCGAGCGCGACCGCGACCGCGCCGCGCCCCGUACUCUCCGCACCUGAUACCCGUCUCGUUGAUUGCCUUGGCCCCUGCCUGUGUGCUAUAGCUGCCC